UGAGCUAGAGGGUGUACGCACAUAGCCUACAUUUCCCGACAUGCCAAGUUGGUCCAGACACGCGUACUGUUGCUUAACUGUUUCAAAGGUUGUGUACGCGGAUUCCACUUUUCGGGAACACAAUGUUAUUGUCAGGUUAUUAUACGUGAGAGAAGAGACCGGCUCGAAGAAUUUCAGCUGGGGUUCCAGGAUCGAGUCUGUGCAGGGUUCACACAGACAGACAGACAGUGUGUGAAGGUGAUGGCACAGUAUGUGGGUAUAGCAGCAACAGGAUGAGCGGUGGAGCCCUGGGUAUCGAGAUUGUGCUGGUCUUCUUCCUGCCACUAUUUCUCCUGCAUCGCUAUGGACACUUCCGCAAGCAGCACCCACUGGUGCUGUUCGGGACCCUCCUGUCCUGGUAUCUCUGCUUCCUCAUCGUCUUCAUCCUUCCCCUGGAUGUCAGCACGACCAUAUAUAACCAGUGUAAGAUUGACAAGGAGAAACCCAGGGCUCUGACCAGUUCAGACCCCUCUAAUCAGACAUCCAACUCCUCUGUCUUCCCUACAAGCACACCUAAAGUAUGUCACAAGCCAUGGAGCUAUAUUCCUGAUGGAAUUCUGCCAGUGUUCUGGCGCGUGGUCUACUGGACCUCUCAGUGUCUGACCUGGCUGUUGCUCCCCUUCAUGCAGUCCUAUGCAAGCUCUGGGGGCUUUUCUAUCCCCGGUAAGAUUAAGACGGCCCUUAUCGAGAACGCCAUCUACUAUGGCACCUACCUGGUCAUCUUUUGCUCCUUGCUUAUCUACUUGGCUGUCCAUCCCCAGUGGCAGCUAACCUGGCAGGGUCUGCAAACCAUUAGCAUCGCAGCAGCAAACACCUGGGGGCUUUUCCUCUUGGUGCUGUUGCUAGGUUAUGGCCUGGUGGAGAUCCCGUGCUUGUACUGGAACUCCUCUCGCCACGGUUACCUGUUGGCCAAGACCUACUUCAAGGCGGCCAAGCUGGCGAAGGAAAAGUCAGACGCCGAGGAAAACAUGGAUGACGCCAUGGAGGAGGUGGCAAAUGUCAACGAAUCAAUUGGGUACGGUCACCCCCUAAGGAUCAGCAUUGACAUUAUUUUGAGAAAGUGUCCCAUGGAAAUCCAGGAGAAAAUGGUGAGACUGAACACGGAGGACAGUGAGGAUGAAAGCACACAGAGGACGUAUCCUUCCAAAAGGAGCCUAGUGAAGCUUCAUAAGCAAGUGAUCUGUGCUGGCCAGAGACACAGUCAAACCCAGGUCCAGUGGGCGAUCCUUCUGGAGGAGGCCUUCCAUUUAGAGGACGUGUGUAAGAAUGAGACCAGUACCUCCCAUCAGUUUGUCCAUAGUUUCCUCUCCUCCCAGCCACCCGGCUGGCUCGGCAAAUACCUGUACACUCCUACCAUAGAGUGGUACUGGGAGUGUGUGCUGCGACAGUGGUGCUACCGGCUGCUGGCACUACUGCUGUCUCUACUCUCUGUGGCUGUGGUGUGGUCUGAAUGCACAUUCUUCAGCACACAUCCUGUCCUCUCUCUCUUCGCCAUCUUCAUCCAGUUAGCAGAGAGUGACUACAACUACUUGUACAUAGAGAUGGCGUGCUUCCUCACUAUUUUGUUCCUGUGCGUUUGUGUCUACUCCACCGUGUUCCGCAUCCGAGUCUUCAACUACUACUACCUGGUACCUCAUCAUCAGACAGAUGCCUACAGCCUACUGUUCAGCGGAAUGUUGUUCUGUCGACUGACUCCUCCGCUGUGUCUCAACUUCCUGGGUCUCAUCCACAUGGACGCCUCCAUUUCUCACCAGCAGAGAAUAGAGACAGCAUACACCACAAUCAUGGGCUCUAUGCGUCUCCUCUCCUUCAUAGCAGAUGGUUUCUACAUCUAUUACCCCAUGCUCAUAGUCCUCCUCUGCAUCGCCACCUACUGCAGCCUGGGUACCCGAUGUCUCAACCUCCUGGGGUUCCCACAGUAUAUUAGUCAGAGCGAUGACUUGACCUCUGAGCUGGUGGAAGAGGGCAAAGAGCUUAUCAGAAGAGAAAGAAGAAGCCGACAGAGAAGCGAGGAUGCGGAGAGUCGGAAACGAGGAUGGAGAGAGCGCUAUGGAGAACAGCGAAAUGUGAGGAGGAGCAGAAAUGGUUAUUCCGAGUUAAAGGACAACGACUCUCCCUCAGACAACAGUGACACUGCCCAGUUGACCAGGAGAGAGAGCGGGGAUCACACUGGGCUACUUCAGGACGUGGACACCACAAGCCUAGAUCCUAGUGAUUCUCCAACCCAGAGGUACGCAGGAGGACGUUACCUCUCCCUGGCGUCCUCUCGGACACACAUUUUCAACAAUGUCUGAGAGGAACCCCUGCUCAGAGGCUGUGGGACUGAACUGACCUUUCCUCAUUGCCCACACGGCUGCUAGAGUUCCAUGGAUAUUUUCUUCUUCUCUUUUGUCCUUUAGCCUGUUUGUCUGGAGAUAGAUAUUUAUUUAAUGCACAUUGGGAUCAUAAUGAAUAAGAUAACAUGGACCCAGGGGGUCCUGAUCUGAGAUCAGCACUCCAACUGUGGUUCCAGUAGUGCCCCAAGAACAAAACAUUGUCUGAUCUCAGGAACAACUGUGACUUUUAACCUUAGGAACAAGGGAUGCAUUAGGGCCCCUGACCAAGUGCUUACCUUUUCUCCCCGUUUGUUUUUAGAACCCAUUCAUUCUGUAAUUACUACUCAGUCAUUUUAUUUUACCUUUAUUUAACUAGGCAAGUUAGUAAAGAACAAAUUCUUAUUUUCAAUGACGGCCUAAGAACAGUGGGUUAACUGCCUUGUUCAAGGGCAGAACAACAGAUUUUUACCUUGUCAGCUUGGGGAUUUGAUCUUGCAACCUUUCAGUUACUAGUCCAACGCUCUAACCAUUAGGCUACGCUGCCACCCAUCUCACAAUGCCUCUUCUUUGCCAGGGUAUGUAUGAGUUUUUAGGGUACAAUGAUAAUACAUGUCUUCUUUCUAGGAGAUUUUCCUGUGCCUUGAUUUUUCUGAAGUCAUAAUAGACCCUAGUUUUGCUCCAUUUUAAAUGGUUUUAUUUCCAUAAAUGCUGUAGAUUUAAAUAUCAAUGUCCUUUUAUAGAUGUACUGUCAUUUUUUAAUCAACAAGUACUGACUGCACUGUCGUUUUUUAUGAAUAAUAACUGAGCUCAGUGGUGUUUGAUGCUUGGAACUUAAGGGUGAGGAUGGUGUGAACCAUGUUAACCAGUAAGAACUGUGUGAGUAAAGGUUUGAUUAUGUAAAAUCCCCCAUUAUAUCUCAGAUCCAGUUUCAAUAAAUCACCCCCCCCAAAAAAAUUUUUUUUUUUGAAACUAUUUAGUCAAAUUUCAAUUCAAUUAAAGGUAUGUAUUUGUAAAUUAACGUUGAUCUAUAUUAUUAGUGAUGGUUUAUGGUGAUGAAGGGAUGAUUUGACCUCAUACCUGCUACUGGGAGACUGCAGGUCUUGUGGGCCGUGCAGUAUGUGUGGAGGCUACUAUGGUUCUAUGACUGCAUUCCAAGGGGCUCAGGUCAUAAGUAGUGCACUGUAUAGGGAGCCAUUUGGCACACAGCCUAUAUGUGUGGACUGGUGGAUCCCAUACUGUGGUGUAGGGGGUGGAUCCCAAAGACCCUCCUCAUUAUUAAGGGGACGUGAAGAUUCAUGUUUUGUUAUGUGUCUAAAAACUCUAAGCUUGUGCAGCGUAUACUAUCUAUAUUAGUCUUUGUGGUUAAGCCCUGGCUGUUGUGAGAGUGUGCUUGCAGACUGGGUCUGAGUCAGACUAAAACUAGAUAAAGAGAAGUAACCACUGUCUGGUUUUGACAUGUUGAUCUUGAGUGACAGUAGACAAUGCUAAUAAAUUCAGAGAAGCUACUGUACUAGGUUGCCUUAUACGGUAACCUCAGCUUAUUGAUACACACAUACGUUGACGUAGGGGAUGACACCACUAGGGAGUGAUCACAUGUAUAAAAUCAGCUGUGCCCUUAGGUGGGGUGCAGAACUUACUCGGAAACAUGCGUGCCAUGUUCCCGUUGUCAACUUGUCUGCAAUUGCAUUAAUAAAGGUUUUUGAUUUAUUUA